GUUUCACUUUCCAAAGAAUGAAAUACGCAACGCUUUUUGCGCUGCUAGCGGCCGCGUACGCCAUCGACCCGAUUGCGGUAGAUGAUUUACGAAAUAAGUUUUAUGCGCUCGAAAAUGUACUGUGGAAAAAUGUGACCGCGUGGAGCGCUGCCGGUGGCAGCGGGGACGUGGAACUGACAAAGGCCUUUGUGGCUUUCGACGAAGAAAUAAGAUCCGUGCGUCUACCCCCUCGCUACCCUGUCAACUCGUGGCUGUGGCAGAAGGCGACGGAGAAGAUGAUGAUAAUAAACGGAUACUACGACAACUUCCUGGAUUUCAUCAGGCGGCAGGCUCAGCCAGGCGCCGUACCCGCGCCCGUCAGAGAAUGGCUGGACGUCGCGGACGCUAUCCUAUUCACGAACUCGACGUCGUCCGUGGCGCAGGCAGUGAGGAAAAUCCACGAUCUACUCGAGUUCGGGAACAUGUUCCGUGACAAUGAUUUGAAGGCGGGACACCCGGAUCUGUGCGAGUUACAGAUGUCACCUCAUCAAGUUAUCUUCGAUAUGUUCAACACAAUAUCCCUGACCGAGAUAAAAGGAUACGCAAUGAUGCAGUUCUCGUGGAUGCUGCUCAGGAUAUACGACAGAGGUAACUACACAGAGGAAGCACAUUUGACUCGACUGAGGUAUGCAGAACGUACUGCGCGUAUCGCUGCCGCCGUCAAAUCGUCGCUCGUAUCCGCGGACCGGGGCAUAUACAGAUGUGACCCAGAGCAACACAUACUAGGAGAAACUUAUGACGAAGUCACUAGACUGCUCCAAGGAUUCGUGGGGAACGAAGUAGACAUGAACCCCGACGGGACUUGUAAGGAGAAUUGCGCGUAUUACACGCUCACGAAAUCGUACGGGUGCUUCAAGGAGCAAUUUUGUCAACAGGAGCAAUGUAAGGGCAGGAUCAUCGAUUGUCGCUACAUAGACUCAGAUAUGUGGAUAUGUUUAGCAAACAAGAACAGCCAUCGUCGGUACGAAUGGAUCGAAUACGAAAACGGUAGAACUAUGGGCCAGCAGGGUUAUUGCACGCGAGGAACGACCAAGGUCGACUCCUGGUGGCAAUGGAAUCUUCGCCAUUGUUCAUACUGCUUAUGUCUCUGUGAAGACGAUGUCCAGUCGUCUGAACGGUUCUUCAGCUUACGAGAAGCGACAGCUGAUGUUGAGAAGAGCAAGGUUGUAACUGGUUUACGUCUCGUGAAAUACGGAAGAGUAUUCCAUCUUCAGAUAAGCGAAGGUACCUUGGGGGAGAGAGGCACUGUCACGCCCGGUAGUUGGGUACCAAUACAGAAAUUCGACAUAUCGGAGAUGGGAAUCAGAGAGGGCGUGGACUACCAUACGCUGACGUACGAAAGAAGAGCUAUUGACUUGGAUGAACUCGACUCACCUAGUCUACAUGCUUUAACAGGCGUCAGAUUCCGUAUGAUCGGUGCUCAUUUACACUUCGAGAUACGAUCGACACCCUUCAACUUUACAACUGGCCGACUAUCUCCUGAACGAAGCCAAUGGAUCAGUAACGACAACACAGAGGGUGCUGAUAAACCUAGAACGCGUCUAGACCUCUACAAGCCGGACAUUCCGACGCGGAAAAUCUCUCCUUUACCCGUUGACUCACAACACGAUCAGUACAUAGAGUUCGUGAACAGCGACUUCGAAGCGGAUGCUGCACAGAGCACCGUACCCUUCAUUGACAUACAAACCGUCGAACCGAUGAAAGGAGCGGCGCUCCUGAGCGGCGCGGGCAUCGUCCACCGCGGGGCGCGCGGCUCGGGCGGGUUCAUCGCGCCCAAGCUCUUCGCCUACGACUACUCCCUACACGUCAAGACGCAGCCGCCGCCCGAGAUCGACCCCUUCGACGACCCCGCGGCCGUCGCGCUACCCUCGCAGACGGUUUAGUUACGUUAUAUAAUAUUCGUAAUCAUUUUAACUGUAGUCAUAUUUGAAAUAAUUAAAUUUUAUUUGUAAGUGUG